AUGUACGUUCCUACAAAAGAUCAUUUUGCUUCUUGUUUUGUGCAAAGUGGCACAACGUUUACAACACGAUUUCCACAUUUUUAUUAUCAGAUGAUAAAAAAUAUGAAUGUUUGUUUGGGAACCAAAACAAAGUAUAACUUCGUCGUACCAUGUACUGUUUUCGCUAAAUUGGUCACUCUUCAGACAAUACGGUUAGAAAAGGCUUUUUUGAACAUUGAGGUGUCCACAUCCGAUUAUCAGUCACGCAACAAUGAUGAGACAACUGUAAAUGACUUUUUAGGCCUUGUACAUAGGUUUCAAAUGAAAUCAAAUGGGAAUAGUACCGCUACUUUGGGAUGUGGGAGGAUGCUGUUUGCUUUACUGAUGAAGAACAUUACGCAACUUGGUUCAGCUACAUGUAAAAUCAGUAGUGAUGAUCCAAGUAAAACAUUUAUUUUCACUUUAUUUCAUCGAUUCAAUGUGCAUUGA